GAGAGAGAGAGAGAGUGUUUGGGUUUGUUGGUGGUGAUGGUGGCGGAUGAACAGCAUGGCAAACAUCGCGGUCCAGCGGAUCAAACGGGAGUUUAAAGAGGUGCUAAAAAGCGAAGAGACGAGUAAAAAUCAGAUUAAAGUGGAUUUAGUGGAUGAGAAUUUCACAGAGCUGAAGGGUGAGAUAGCAGGACCACCAGACACGCCGUAUGAAGGUGGCAGAUAUCAGCUAGAAAUUAAAAUUCCAGAAACAUAUCCAUUCAAUCCACCAAAGGUUCGGUUUAUAACAAAGAUCUGGCAUCCCAACAUCAGCUCAGUAACAGGGGCGAUAUGUCUGGAUAUCCUAAAGGACCAGUGGGCGGCGGCUAUGACCCUCCGAACAGUUUUAUUGUCACUGCAGGCUCUUCUGGCUGCGGCAGAACCCGACGAUCCACAGGACGCAGUAGUUGCUAAUCAGUAUAAACAGAAUCCAGACAUGUUCAAGCAGACGGCUCGACUCUGGUCACAUGUUUACGCGGGAGCUCCGGUCUCCAGUCCAGACUACACGCGCAAAAUAGACGAACUCUGUGCUAUGGGCUUUGAUAAAAACGCAGUAAUAGCAGCAUUGUCCUCAAAAUCCUGGGACGUGGAGACGGCGACAGAACUGUUGCUAAGCAACUGAGUCCAACCUGAGGGGCCAAAGCACCUUAUCUGACACCUCCAUCCAUACUUUCAUUCACUUGCUCAUCCUCAGUCUACACUUUCUUCAUCUCUCUUUCUCUCUCUCUCUCAUUUCUUGUUUAUCAUUUUACCAUUUCUUAAAAAAAUAUAUUCCCCACAAAUGAAAAUUCGGUUAUCAUCGACUCUCAUCCGGUUCAAAACAGUGAAAGUCGAUGUUUAUUUAUACUGACUGCUCUCUCUAUCAUUACUCUCAAAUCUUAUUGCGGAUUCUCUCCAUCCUGCACAAUCUUUUCCUCUCUUAAGUCUCCUCCCUAUUAUUCAGAAAACCUUUUAGAUUAAUGAAAUGAUCAGUUGACUCGUACAGAGUAGAUAUUAACACAAUCAGUCCUGGAGAAACACACACACACACACACACACACACACACACACCUGCUCAAUAUAUCAAGAGUUCAUCUGUAAAUAAAAAGCUAUUAAAGUCUGUAUAAAUUAAAGCAAUGUGGCAAUUAUUUAUUACUGCUUUGUGAAGUAGUGAAAUAAACACCAGUUUCAUGGCUGA